UUGUUUUACUCAUUCGAUUUAGAACGAUGGUUUUGUAAUAGACAAAUGAACUCUGAAAGACACUCUCUUCUUUUUUAUGUGUGCGUUUUGUGUUCUGUUACGUCCUGAUCGUUUGUUCUCCGGUCUUGAGUGUUUUUUUUUUUUUUUGUUUGUUUUGCUGCACUGUGGGCUGUUUUUAAAGUUUCCUUUACUUUUUUUAAACACCAACGGCUUGACCAGCUCAGAGAUGACGACAGACACGUCCAUUACCAUGAAUUAUACAUGGCCAGUAGAUGAGGCGGCCUACCGCGAGAACGAACUAGAAGUAAACCGCUCUGCGUACCUCCAGCAUUUAGACACGUCUCACCGCUCAGUCAAAAUUGGCAUUAUAUCGGUGUUGGGCACCCUAAUUAUUUUGGGUAACAUGGCCGUAAUCAUGGUGAUCGCUUCAUCCGUGGCUGGCUGGUCCAAAAAUACACGAUAUUUCUUGAUCUCCCUGACCGGGGCAGACGCUGCCUUGGCUCUCAUCGUCGUCCCCCUAAACCUUUACGGGAGUUUGGUGAAGGAUUACAGCGAGGAACCCGAUUCCUACUGUCACAUCGUUGCUUUUUUCAACUCGUCUAUAUUUGCCUCUUGUAUGUAUGCACUGGCCACCAUUAGUCUGGAGAGAUACGUUGCCGUGUUCUACCCCUUGCACUAUACCUCAUUGAUGACCAAGAACAGAAUUCGCAGCCUGAUCGCCGCUGCCUGGUUCCUUCCUCCCGUGCUCCUGUUUCCAAUUUCAAUCCCCGGGGGAUUUGUCCGGGUGUAUUUUUCCAGCGCGUCUUUAGUAUGCAACCCGGACUAUUCGAGCAACGUUGCCUAUUCCCUGACUCUUACCGGCCUUAUCUUUUUCCCCUGUUCUAUCAUUAUGACUAUGGCCAACCUUCGUCUGUGGUUUGCAGCAAGGAGGCAGAGGAAUAUGUUUAAAAACCACGAGUUUCGAAUUAGGGCUGGACCAGACUCUGCCUCACGAGUCCUAGUGCCCGUCAUGAUCGUGUAUUAUACUUGCUGGGCUCCCUGCAUGGUCACCAUUAUUUACACAGCAAUUUCCCAAAAGGCUGUUCCUGAGUGGAUAGAGUUUUUUGCAGUUUGGCUGCCCAGUGCUAAUGGUUUCCUUAACUGCAUUGUCUACUUUUGGCUCAAUCGCAGUUUUCGUAAAAAGUUCAUGCUUCUAGGCCAUCGGCUAUGUGUUGUGCUUUGCCAUAGGCCAGAGAAGAUGGUGAGAUUUCGAGGACCCGGUACGGUCAGCGUGGUGAGCUACACAUGGGAGAAUAAUAAUACACUUCAAGAGCGUGCCUGCAGUGUCUCCUCCAGCUGCACACUACUAUCAAGCCAUGAAACGGAAAGCCAUUUGUGAUGUGCUUGGAGUGAGUCUUCCUGGGCAUAUUUAUGUAACAGUGGCGACUGCUUUAUUGAUCUGUUAAAAACUGGCUGGCUGGUUUUACAACUCUGUGCUAUUCAUUACAUAGCUAUGUUGUCUGUACAUAUUUAUCUUCUGGUAUGGGUUUGAAAGAUUUAUAUAUUGGUGAGACUGAGAAAUGUAUUGCACAGUAUAGUCUGCUGGCAUCCAGUAGCCUUUGCUGUCAUUUUUUUUUUUUACAUUAUUAUACUAGCCCUAAAUACAGAGGAGGAGUGGUAUAUAAAUUGUAAGCCACAUUUGAGAGAGAAGCAAAUUUUUUGCAUUUGUGGAAAGAUACUUGUUUAUGUUUUAUGGUUAUUUGUAUUUUUUGCAAUAUCAAGCUUUGGCAAACGAUGUAGUGAAGGUGACUUUCCAACAUGGGUCUAGUGAGGGAUCACAGAGCUUUGCAUUAAAAAAAAAAAAAAAGUCGUCUUGAAUUUAGACAGACAGAGAAUCCAUUCAAAUGACGUUGACUCAAAAUGAAGUAUCGGCCUGUCCUUUUUUUUUUUUUUUUUUUUUGGUUUUUUUUGUAUCUUUGUAAAUAUAUGAUCAAUUCUGUUUAGUUUUUACAUUUGAAAGGUCCCUUUUGUUUUUGUUCUUUAUCUAUGAAUACAGAUGCACGUUAAACU